AUGGAUGAGAUGGAGGACAAGACGUCUGUGCCUUCAGACGAGAGCGAUGUGGAAGUUGACCUACGACGAUCAUCCAAGAUCCAGACAGAAAACAGAAGAACAUCUAGAUGGAGGAAUGGUCAGUGUGUGCUGGCAGUACCCACCUCCUCCAUGCUGAACCCCAGGUUUGAUCUGUCAUUCUGCAGGGCUCUGCUGGAGAGGGAAGGCUUCCAGAUUCCUGUAGCAGACUUUGAGACACCUCUGGAAAUAGCACUGGACGUGCCCUCAGUCAGGAGAUACCUGUUCUUUAACUCUUCUCUCUUCCACUUCAUCAUGGCACCGAUUCUAUAUGUGGUGAUAUGGUGUGCUGUGUUCUCCACUCUUCACCUCUAUCUCUCAGUCACUGACUACUGGGUCCUCUGCCUGUCUGUCAGUCUGGCCUCCAUCUUCCUCACCACAGCCAUCAUUGUCAUCCUCCACUAUAGUAACAAGGAGAUAAACAUGAACAUUGACGUACGACUCAUCCAGGUGAAUGAGAGGCUGAGCCGGCAUAAGCUGCUUGUAGGCGUGGCUGACUGGGUGCAGAACUGUACUGGAAGUCUACAGCUGUUCAUUGUGUACUGGGAUACGGCCCACUGCUUGAGGGCACUGACUGAAACUCUAGAGGAGAUGUGCUUUGUCAGAGACGAGGCCCAGAAAAUACUUAAUAAGAGAAUGUCCCACCUUGUCCUGGUGACAGAGGUCAUGACCUUUGAUCCUGUGGCGGGGGGGUCAAGUGUCAAUGAAAGUUCUGAUGAGGAAAGGCCCCUCUUGAUGAACGAUGAGGAGACUGGACACAGUACCUCAACCAGCCAGAGGGAGGACACCAAACUCACCGCUAACUACAGUUUGGUACCGGACCAAAUAUUACCAGCUCAGGCCAAAGCACUCCAACUUUUAUUGACCUAUGGUGCGGUGUUUGUCAAGCUGUUAGUGUCUGAAAAGCUGCCAAACUCCACACACCGCCCCCUACGCUCCAGGAGGAAUCACUGCACCACUGCCUCCCUUUGUCUGUGUCAGUAUAUCAAAACUAAGGUUCUACGAUUAUAAGACAGGGACACAGAGAAGCUUAUUCAUUCCAUUGUAUAAUAUUGUAUAAUAUUCACACUGAUCAUGUAACAAUCACGAUUUGAAACCCACUUCUGUGUAAAACAAAUUGCAUUAAAUUAUACAAACAAUAAA